AUGCUCGGGCCGGGCGGGCGUGCCUGGUGGGCGGCGAGGGAGAAGGGGCGGCCGCGGGCGCUGCGCGUUGGCCGGCAGGCUGGCCGGGCCGCUGAUGUGCCUGGCGCGGAAAUGGUGUGGCGUCGCGGCGCUGGCGUGGGCGGCGGACACGCUUGGCGGCCGCAGGGCUGCCCGCCCGUGAAUAGCCAACAUUGCAAUGUGAAAGCUGAGUUUACUACAACCGGCAGCACCUUGCGAUAUAGAAAGUGGGUGUGGGUGGUGUCAAUGUGCGAAAUCGGAACACCUUCCCGGGAUUCUCAAUAUUCGUGUGUGGCAGCUACAAUAUUCUUUCCUCGACAAAACCGCGCUUACGAAUCUUCAUUGCAAUAUAUUUUUCCAUACCUAAAUUACAUACUUUUACCGCAAUCUUUUCAUUCACAUGCAGCAAUGUCAUCAUUUCUCACGAAAUUGAAUCGUGUCUUAUGUAGCAGAAAUAUAGUUAUAUCCUCAAUAAAGAAAGAUGAUUUGUGCCUUGUGCGAUCCAAAUCAUUCAGCACUGGAACAGGCAGUAAUACUGGGAAAGGCAAAGGACCUGUAACUUGGAAAAGUGUUGGAAUCACGGCAUGUAUAGGAGGAGGAUUGUUGAUGUAUAUGCAGUACCUCAAAGCUGCCAAAGAACAAAAGAUUCUACGUGAAAGACAAAGGGCACUCGGGAAAGCUUCAAUUGGUGGUCACUUCGAACUCACUGAUCACAACAAGAAGAAAAGAAAAAGUGAUGAAUUUCUUGGUCAGUGGAUUCUAAUUUAUUUUGGAUUUACUCAUUGUCCAGAUGUAUGCCCUGAUGAACUUGAAAAAAUUGUUGCAGUUGUGAAUAAACUAGAUCAAGACUCAUCUGUUCCUAAAAUACAACCUAUCUUUAUCACAGUUGACCCAGUAAGAGAUACUCCAGAAGUUGUAGGCCAGUAUAUUAAAGAGUUUUCUCCUAAACUGAUUGGUUUAACUGGAAAUGUUGAAGAAGUUGAGAAAGUUUGUAGAGCAUACCGGGUGUACUUUAGUGCCGGUCCAAGGGAUAGAGAUGAUGACUACAUUGUGGAUCAUACUAUCAUAACAUAUCUCGUGAAUCCUGAUGGACAGUUUGUGGAUUAUUAUGGACAAACUAAGAAAGUGGAUGAAAUUUGUGAUAGUAUACUUAUAAAUAUAGCAAAGUAUGGACAACUGCAAUCUUCAUGGUUUUAGAGUUUUUGAAAAUUUAAGACGCUUUCUGGAAUGUGAAAUAUGCUAUGAAAAUAUUUCAGUUAACUCUAAAAGCUUGAAGUCUGCGAGUAUAAGAACAAUCCUGUAAUUUAAUGUAGUAGACUAAUUAAGGACUCGCGUUAGUAAUGAUAACACUAGGGUGGUUAGGAAAUCUGCUCAAGAGAUUUCUUUAUAUUUGUGAAUGUUUUAUUUCUCGAAUAUGUUUUAUUUCUCGUGUGCAGAUCAAGAGGAGAAGAGUACAUUUUAACAAUGAAUCAGAUAAUUACAUGUACUUGUUAUUAUGAGGCAUUGUUCUUUUGCUCGGGUAAAAAUUCUGGUACUUGUAAAGUAUUAAAAUGGUACAUGGCUCAUCAUUUGCGAUGCCACUUUAGAAGAAAUAAUUGCCAAAGAAUGUUUUUUCUUAAUUUUUUUGUUUUUAACAAAUAUUUCAAGAAUUGCCUUUUCUUAUUUUGAAUUAACUUUAUAUGGAUGGUACUGAUGAAUUGUAUUAACUUACAGACUUAUUUAGUAACAUUUUCACUCUUUAUUCUCAUCAAAUAUUUAUAAUUUGAUAUAUGUGAAUAAGUAGAAUGGAACAAUGAAGGUAGAGGAUAUUUUGUAGCCACACGCAUUGUGAAUUAUAUUUUCUCUUUAUGCUAAAGAAAAAUUUAAAAUUGGAGUUUUUUUCUCACAUUUGUAAAUUUAUGUUUUUACAUGGCCAACGAACUCAAUUGAGUGAUUUUGGUGUCAGGUCAAGUGCUCUAUAAUAACUCCAAAGAGCAAAAGAAGGUGCAGAUUCAGAUGGUGCUGAUAGAUUAAAAAAUUCUAAAAGUGUUCUCAGUGACCUGAUAAUUCAUGGAAGCUUGAUUCUUGAUUGAUUGAAUCAACAAUACAUCUACAAUAGUCUGCAAUGCUUUAUUUGUGUUCAUUUGGAGUGGAGUAGUAUUGUUGCAAAUGAAGCAGUAUAGAAAGAGCGUGAAGAUUGUGAAGCUGUGGCAUGAAGAGAAUGCAUUGGUUGAUAUUUCUUGAAGUUUUAAUCUUCACAUAUUAUGUUUUGCUGCAUUAUUUGUGAAUAACUAACAAUUAAAACAAUUGAUAAGUUGUGGUUUACUGACAGUUUAAAAUUUUCUAUGCAUAUUUGUUGUAAGAAUUAACAAAAUUUUAUGAAAAAAUAUAUACCACAUUUAUUUAUCUUUUAUUAAUUGAAUAACAUUAGACAAUUGAUUACAUUUCAUUAAUAUUCGUGUUUGAAGAACAAAAACAUACAAAAAUACUUCAUACUAACACUUUUCAAAAUUUAUUACAAGAGGCAUCACAUGAAAAAUGGAGGGCAGCAGGGGUUGCUUCAUUUUUAAUGAAUUUGUGUUUGUUUGAUUUUUAAAUAGUUUUCAGUGUCAGUUGCACAUGCUGCUAGAGGUUUUGAUGGACUUGAAGCAAUAAGUCCAGAAUAUUUUAAUAUUUUCAGUAAUGAUGAUGAUCUGAAAUUAAAUCAAUAAUUAAUUAAUUUAAGAUAAAGUUCAGGCAUACACACAGUUGGUAUUGAGACAAUUAUGUAGUGCUGCAAAAAAUUGGAUGAGAUGUAAAUAGAAAUACACAUUUUAGAAGAACCUUAUUCCUCGAAAAAUAUUUGUUUCUUUGGGUGUGUCUGUUAGCAUCACAUCUCUAAACCACUUGUGGUAUUUUCCCCAAAAUGAAUAUUCUGUAAUGAAUCCAACCUAUCAGAAAUCCCAGUAAAUUUAAAAUGAAUCUUUUGAUUUUUGGGUGAUCUUCACAUGACAUGUAAUAUUCAGGGUAACUUCGCAAUAGUCCAAAUAUUGUCAAAAAUGUUGCAAGUCUCUUAUUCUUGAAAAAUUACAGAAGUUGAAUGUUUGGAACUACCCCUACACUAACAGUAUUGUAAACCUCGUUCCAUGACUCUUGCAGCAAGUAACUGAUGAAUAAUUUUAUUUUACUUGUAGUAAACAAUUU